GGCGGCGGCGGCGGCGGGGCAGCAGGGCGCUGGCUUCCGCGCCGUGCGGCCGUGGCUCCGGCGGGCAGCCCGGGCGGGUGCUUCGUCUCAAAGCAGUGCCGUGGCGCGCCGUGGCGGCACGCUGCGUGUGCCCGCUGCGCUCGGCUGGUGCUGCAGCGGCUGUGAGCUGCGCUGGUGGAAGUGGGAGAUAAUUGUAUUGAGUUACAAAACAGUCACUUAGGGAAACGGGAGUGUUCAUCGUAAUGCUGUCGUGGACACCAGUCCUUUAUUUAACUGGUUGUUGCCUGGCAGACUUGAACUACCAGGAAGCAUAAAGGCUCCAUCCCUCAAGUGUGUGUUGAACUCUGUGGAGGGAGUAAAGAGGAGUUUGGCUUCAUCUAGAUGGUAUCAAAGUGAUAGGAAGAAAAACUCAGUUUUCAUUUAUGUGAGACUACCUGUGCAAAUAGAGUAGUGUUGUUUACCAAUUUAAGGAACAACCUGUGUUAACUUAAAUAUCCUUGUGUCUGUCUUUUGCCAUGUACAGAAUAAGUCUCACUUUGGACACUUCUCUUUCAGCUAGCAAGAUGAGGCUGUGGCAUUUCCAUUGUCCCAAUCAGUAAAAUUGCUACAGCCAGCACAGUAACAUCUUCAAAAGUUUCUUACUGUAUUCUUUUGCAAUAACUUCUACUGAUAUCCCAGUUUAAAUGACAGAGGUGAGUGGAGGCUGAGUUGUUUGGUUUCAUUAGAAAUGAAAGAGUUAAAACUGUAGUGAUUUGAACCGUUUUAAGUUUAUCGUUAGCUUCUGGGUAAGCUCUUUAACAAGUGGCUUUAGUGCAAGCUGUAGUGUACAUGCUUGAAAUGCUAUUCAAAGCUCUGAAAAUAAGAGAUGGUCUCAGAUGCUCUAAGAAAAAGAGGGAAAACUACUUUCUAGUGUAGCUAUACAGGUUCCAUAUAAGGAAAAUCUACAUCAGAUAACUUGAUGCUUCAGACUUGAAGUUUGCAACUUUAGAAUAAUAAAGCUACUUAUAUUUCAACUCUUAUUGUCUGUUGUAGUUUAUUUAAAGUGAAGACAGGUGUUUCACCAUUUGCAGCUGAGGCUUGCUUGAGUUUUGUUUACUGCACCUGUGUGAAAUGUGAGUGAAGGUUGCAUGUUUCUGUAACAGUUGCUAUCAUGGGAGUUUAUUGGGCAUGUUCUGCCCAGCUUUGCUGGCAAGGAGCGCUUGCUCAAGUCAAGGUGGUAGGGGCUUGCGGGGAAAAACCCGAUGUACAUGUAGCAGCUUUUCCUAGACAGGUGUGUGCUAGGAGCUUGAUGUGCGCGGUGCUGGCUGUGGCCGUCUCGGGGUCUGCCACGGGGGGAGGAGUUAGCCGAAGCAAGGGCUCUGGCGGGGCGCUCAGAGCGGGGCUUGCGGCCGGUAGCUUCGCCUCGGCUCGCUGCCCUGCGGCGGGCUGGCUACCGCCUGCGGCCGGGGGCCGGGACGGCGGCGGGGCUCCGCGCUGCGCCCCUCCCCGGGGCGGGGCUCGCCCCCUCCGCGCCCGCCGUGGGCUGCGGAGGGGGCGCGGCAGCCCGUGCCCACGCUGGGGCCGGGCCGGGCUGGGCGGCAGCGCAGGGCAGAGCGGCCGGAGCGCGGCGGCAGGCAGGGUCCGCACCUCCCCGCGCUGCUCUGCCUCCCGUCCCGCUGCCGUGCGCCCGGACAGGCUCAGCAUGAAGGUCGAGUUCGCCCCCAUCAACAUCCCCCUAAGGAGGAGGAUCCAGACAGUUGCGGUGCUUCAGUGGAUCGUCUCCUUCCUCCUGCUCGCGGAGUUUUGCUGUGGGAUCUUCGUAAUCUUGAUUCUGGGCAACUUCUGGUUUGUUGCCGUCCUGUACUCGCUGUGGUUCUACUUUGACUGGGGAACGCCAUGUGCUGGAGGGAGACGGUCCCAGUGGGUCAGAAGCUGGACUAUUUGGAAUUACUUUAGGGAAUACUUUCCCAUGAAGCUUAUAAAAACUUCAGAUUUGAAUCCAAAUCACAACUACUUGCUUGGCUUCCACCCUCAUGGGGUGCUGGUAUGCGGAGCCUUUGGAAACUUCUGCACUGGGUCAGAUUUCAAGAAUCUAUUUCCUGGGAUUACUCCAUACCUUCAUGUCUCGUCCAUCUGGUUUAGCUUUCCCUUCUUCAGAGAAUAUAUACUGAGUGCUGGAAUCGUUUCUGUAUCCAAGGAGAGCAUCUCAUACGUGCUGAACAAUGAUGGAGGUGGCCACGCGUCCGUUAUUGUGGUCGGAGGAGCAGGCGAGUCUCUGAAUGCCCGUCCUGGAAGUUUAACGUUGAGCAUCCUAAAGAGGAAAGGAUUUAUUAAAAUGGCCUUGAAACACGGGGCUCAUCUAGUCCCAGUGUUUUCCUUUGGCGAAAACGAACUAUUCAAGCAAGUUGCAAACCCCAGAGGUUCACGGCUCAGAAAAAUACAGGAGAAGCUGCAAAAGAUAAUAGGCUUUGCUGUGCCACUAUUUCAUGCUAGAGGAAUAUUUCAAUACAGUUUUGGCUUCCUACCUUACAGGCAGCCUAUUCAUACUGUUGUGGGCAGCCCCAUCCCUGUGAAACAGAACUUGAAUCCUACCACCGAAGAGAUUGAACAGCUACAUGAGCUGUAUCUACAGAAACUAAGUAAAUUAUUUGAAGACCACAAAAGAAAUUAUGGGAUCCCUGAGCACAGAUCUCUUAUCUUUGAAUAGUGAAUUACAAUUUGUGAUUACAAGGAUCAGCUUGGAAAAAAAUACUGGGUGCUGAAAGACGUCUGUCUUGCAAUCUGUGUUUUGCAACCUGUAAUUGUUCUUGUGUAAGCAAUAAUUUUAAAAAAGGAUUGUUUGAUUUUUAUCUUAUGGAAAAAAAAAUCCUUAGGGUGUGAUCCUGGAAACCACUGCUGUUUUGAGUCGUCCUUUUAGAUUCGUCUGUACUAGAUACACUAGUGAGAGGCUGAGCACCAAUGUUCUUACCACCGUGGUAUGUAACCAUACCUUGAGCAGAGGAAAUUGCCCUAGCAUUAGAUCAAGAGCAGGAAAAGUAUAAACCCCUGAAGUAUGUAAUUAGAAGUUAAGAGACUUACUAGCAUGUAUCAAACACUACAUCAAGUUGUUCUUUGAAUAUCAAAAAAAUCCUACUGCUCUUCCAUAGAAAUGAAGUUUGUUUUUAGUAGAUGGCCAUUAUGAACCAUUUACAUGGUAAUUCAGGAAUAUUAGAAGCUCUCUGACCUAAAUAAGAUAUCGGCAAAAGUGGUUUCUCUGACUUAUGGAGCAGACUAAACUCUUCUGGAGGAAGAACAGUCUUGAGUUAUUCUAUGUGCAUGCAUUUGCUGGGUGGUGGGAAGCACUGAAUAAUGUGACAUUUUUCUUUUUUUGGAUAAGCUGUACUUUAGAUCAUUGGCUUGUAAGAUGAUGCAGCUUGGUUUGAUAGUUCUAGUCUCGCAAGAAAUGGCAGGCACAGUACAGGAGAUGUUCACCAGUGAAACUGGUGGGGGAAUCAUGUGAAUUUUGUGAAUGCAUGUUAUGCAUAUUCAAAAUUACUCUUAUGCUAAGCACUUCCACAGAAGGAAAUGAAGCCAACUUUGUUCAGUCUAGUUCUGAAACUCCAUCAAGGAAAGUAUACUUGUUAUGCCUUUCCCCCUCCUCCCCCAAAAGGUGUGAAUCCCAUCUCUCCUAAGACCAAAGGACAGGGAGGCAGACUGUGAAGUUUCAUUCUUUUUUCCUACUAGUCUGAUUGAACCAAAUUCUAAACUGCAGUUUCCUUAUCUGGAAAGCAUGUGGAAAGCUGUCCAUCAGUGUGACACAGCUGUAAUUGUCAAGGCAAUGUAAGCACAGCGCUAGAGUGUAAGCACUAGAGUUUGAGAGAAGGCUUUGCUUAAGUAUGGGUAUCUAUUUAAAAAAAAAAAUAGAAAUCUUGGCUGAACUUUUUCAGUUAAAAUGCCUAGGCCUCCAAGAUGAUGAUGUAUGAAGAGAAUUAUAGUAUAUUAUAAUUUUUAUAUGUGAGAAAUCACUGUAUUUGUAAAUGCCUUCUAUUUGCACAUGGACUCUGCAGACCUGGAUUUAUCAAAAAGUGUGUGUUUUGGUUUAAGCAGUUUUGAUGCCUGAAUGUUAUGUCAGGUGCACAUCAUGCAGGUGCUCUGAUAUGACACACACAGGCUUGUUGGGCAGCCUGGGGCAUCCGCAGCUCUGCCAGUUCAGCAGCAGUACAGUCUGGAAAUAGCACUGUUGGCCCCACAAAGGCAUUGGACACGUGUGCUUGCUGGGCUGGAGCCUUCACAGAAGAAAUGUGGUUGUGGUUUGGGGAAGCAUUAGAACUCUGGGGAAAAAAGAUCUUUAGCAAGAUGAAGGUCUUCAAAGAAAAGGGUGGAAAUAGUGUGAUUCCUGAGGAAUGGACUCUCCAUUAACUAAGGCCCCAGUGCUGAGUAAGUAUUUGCCAGACACGGCUCAUAGAUGUUGGUCUAACCUGUUCCAAAAAUCCUCCAGCAACAGUAUGGUUUGCUUAGGAGAGCUGUGCCUUCUAGUGUGUAGCUGUCAUUCAGGGAUGACCAGCACUGAGCCAGUGAAUCCCACUCUCACUUUUUCUAGGGCUAUAGAUGUCUUUUUAGGAGUCAGGAUGACAGCUGGAGUUCUUGAUGCCUAGAGAAGUAGCUCUCCUUCCCCUGACAGACUGCUGUCAGCAUGCCUGCAGCUCAUCUCUUCUGUGCUUUAGCUUUCUUGGUGCCCAGCGUGCUUCCCCUUGCCUUCCCAACGCUUUUGCUGCCUAAUGAUCGCUGUGUGUGAUGACCACGUACACAUACAAAAUUUUGAGUGGCUUCCUAUCGCUGAGCAGAAAGAGGGAUUUUAGGAGCCAAGCUUAAGAAGAGGUAGUGCUGUGAGCGUUGCUGUUUGACAUGAGUUUAAGAUCCAGAACUAUUUCAGCUUUUGGAAUAGCAAAUAUCUAGGCAGUCAAUAUCCCAGGUUUGAUACCUGGAAGAGGCCUCUACGGUCCUGAAGGCUAUAAGUGAUGAGCCCUGAGUAGUCAUUGACCCAUUUUUGUUUAUCUAGCUGUGUGAAACUUCCAUUUGAAUUUGUUUUUUGCUGCUUGCCCUGAUGAGUAGUGCUCAUGUAGUCGUGAAAGACAGACUUGGAGCCUGCAUCAGACUGCUGUCUCCUAGACCACCUGAUCUAGUAAGAUGCUUCUUCUCAUACUCAGUCUGUUUUAUCCUGUUACCUUAAUGCUACAAAAGCUCAGGAUGUAAAUUUUAAAGCCAUAGUGUGGGGUUGAGGAUUGGAACUGUUUGGACUGUUGUUGAUUAAAUUAGCCCAAAAUUCUAGGAUUUGACUGGGGGGGGGGGGGGGGGGGAUAUCUAGUCCAGAAUGUACCCUAUAUAUAGGCUCACCUCUGAAUUCCAUAAGAAAAGUGUUUAUGGGCUCUAAAUACCAUUCAUAACUGGCACAGUUAGAACAAGUAGGAAUUGUGUUACUUUGGCUACUAAUAUUUUCAUUGGUUUAUAACACAGGAAGAUGGAGAAAAGAAAAUAAAGUCUCCAGGCAAUCUAAAUAUGUAUUAUUGCUCUGCAUAUACAGUUGCUCUGUAACUGCUGCAUAUUGUCUAUGCUGGUCCUUCCAGCUUACCUCUUGUUAACAAAUUUGCUAUGCUUAGUGUGGCUAGGACAGGACUAUGUUUAAAUAGACUAUCAGAAUCUAAAACUGAUAUGCGCGUUGUCCUCUAAAAUAUUUACCUUUGUGAUGGUAUCUAGAUUUGUAAAACAGCUCUGCAAUACUGACCUAAAGACCAUGGACACUUCAGAGCCCUGGAAGCUGUUGACCUAUUGCAGAUGACGCCAGCACUGAACCUAUACCCUAUCACCUUCUACAGAAAAGGAUUAGUAGUUGGUACAUGCUCACAUUGCACAGGGAUUUCACCACUUUGCUGAUUUGCAGAGGCAACUCCAGGGAAGCAAGGCAUCUAGCAAAAGGAUGGAUGCUCUGCCUCUAUACCAUGCAAUACUGCCUCUCCAAUACACUGGAGCUGACCGUGCCUGCCUGUUCCCUUGCAGAUAAACAUCUCUUCACCAAAAUAUGUUUAUGAAAACCCUUACACACAGAAGCAGUCCUCUAGAACUUUUAUUUCUUUAACUACAAAGCUUAUUUUAGACUCCUUGAUACCUUUGUGACUUUUCAUGGUACCUGUAAAAUACCGAUUUCAGUUGUUACAAUGAUAGCUGUAGCUAGGAGGUGUGAGACAAAUAAAGAUUUGUACCAAG